UUGAGUCGAAACCAACAAACCACUUCACCAUUUUCAAACCUGCAAAUCUCAAUUCUCUCUGAAGAAGAAGAAGAAGAUGGAGCCAAAUCCACAGUUCGACAAAUAUGCGAAGGCUAAAAUCGAAGAUCCGAAUCUGAGAUUGCCUAAAGCUAUGCUCAAACCUAAUGCUGAUAUGUCUACUGGUGAACUCUGCUAUAUGAAAAUCUUCGAAGAUGAUCUCAAGAAAACUAAGCAUCUAGCUGAGGAAAUUGCUGCAGGAGCAAAACUAGAUAGGAAAGUAUACCGGAUUCGUAAUAUGGAAAUUUUGAAAGCUAUUGGAGAUGCCUUUGAAGAUAUGCAUCAAAUUCACAAAGCCUCAAAAGCCACAAUUGGGCUGUUAGUUGAUUCUGAGUCUAAUCUGCAUCGUCAUUCGUUUAUUGACUUAGUGGGCACUGUCGAACAAGUUAAAACAGCAGAAGAACUCAUCCUAGACAAAAUCCUAAAGACAUAUCAAGGCCCGGUUUUUCCAGUAAUUCUGAUGCCGCCAACUGUACAUGGGCAUGAAAUCAUACUCCACGUGGACAAGGUUGCGCGUCUCCUUGGAGAAAAUGGCAGUAAUGCGUUGGCAAUUGAAGUAGUAUCUGGUGCUUGGUUGCAGGUUGAUGAUCAACCUCUUGCUGGUUGUCCAAAACAUGAGAGAAGAGUAAACGUAUAUGGUCCCAAGGCACAUGUUUUCAAGGCUGUUUCGUUAAUUCACUCACAAGUGUACGAGGCUGGGGAAUCUCUUGAAGCAGAGGAUGAGUUGGAGAUGUUGUUUAAAGAACUCAGUUUUGACGAGAUGAUGGCAGGGAUGAAAUCUCGUAAUCCUCAGAUGGCUGAUUUUGUGGGAGCUGCUUCUGCUUCUGCUUCGGGUUCUGGUCAAACAAAAGGAGAAAAGGAGCAACAUGUUGAAGAUGCUAAAGAUAAAGAUAAAUCAGAAGGUGAAAAGCUGCAGCAGGAUGAGGAUGUCAAAGUAGCUGAAGAUAAAGAUGAAUCGAAAGGCAAAGCGAAGCAGCAGCAUGAGGAGGAUGUUAAAGAAGCUGUUUCUGGCAAAGCAUCUGAGACCAAGGCAUCUGUUGAGCAGCUUGAUUAAGAAGUAGAUGUUGCUCUCCCGUUACUGAUUGAUACACACUCGGGUUCCAAAAAUUUUCUUACUAUAGUUGCGUUCAAUAAUAUACAAACCAGACGCCCUCUAAGCGCAAUACCAUAGAUUCAGUACAUGACAUUUGACAUUUAUGUUUUAGUUGCAUGCCUGCUAUUUGCUAAUAGCAAACGAAAAUGAUUCGAAA